GAGAGUUGCAGCUCAUGUGAAACCGUAAACCCGCACAGACAGUUGUUUGGAGUAAGGCGUUUCAAGGUAGGAUCUGGAAUCGGCCUAGCUUCAACAGAGAGCCAUGUUUCGAAUAAUCAAAAAUUAUCAAGCAAAACCCAAGUUCGGGCGCCUGGUGGGUCAGCGCCGCUACGAACACCACACAGCUGUGAUGGCCAUCCGGCGCGAGGACGUCAGCCCGUGGGAGAGGAGGGCACCGCUGGCCCCACGUCACGUCAAAGAGCUGACAAACGCUGGUGUGAAAGUUCUGGUCCAGCCCUCCAACCGUAGAGCCAUCCACGAGAAGUACUACAUUAAGGCUGGAGCUGUUGUCCAGGAGGAUAUUUCACAGGCUUCACUUAUAAUUGGAGUGAAGAGGCCGCCAGAAGAGAAGGUCAUCCCUAGGAAGACCUAUGCUUUUUUCUCUCACACCAUCAAAGCUCAGGAGGCAAACAUGGGGCUUCUGGAGGAAUUGCUGAAAAAGGAAGUCCGCCUCAUUGAUUACGAGAAGAUGGUAGAUGCCAACGGUUUUCGAAUUGUAGCUUUUGGUCAGUGGGCUGGUGUAGCAGGAAUGAUAAACAUUCUGCAUGGAUUGGGUCUUAGGUUCUUAGCUUUGGGCCAUCACACACCGUUUAUGCACAUUGGCAUGGCUCAUAACUACAGGAAUGUAAGCCAGGCGAUCCAAGCAGUGAGGGACUGUGGAUACGAGAUUUCCAUGGGUCUUAUGCCUAAAUCCAUUGGCCCCUUGACAUUUUGCUUCACUGGAACCGGAAAUGUCUCCAAAGGAGCUCAAGACAUCAUCAAUGAGCUUCCUGUUGAGUACGUCGAACCUCAUGAGUUGAAAGAAGUCUCGGAAAUGGGAGACAUGACCAAAGUGUAUGCAACUGUUCUGAGCCGACACCACCAUUUGAUGAGAAAAAGCGAUGGCGUGUACGAUCCCAUUGAAUAUGAGAACCACCCUGAACUGUACACUUCAAACUUCCGAACCAGCGUUGCACCUUACACAACCUGUCUGAUUAAUGGUAUCUACUGGGAUUCAAACUCACCUCGACUACUCAGGCGACUUGAUGCUCAGAGACUCAUGCGACCUUACAGACCCUCCGCAGCAAACAGGGAGGGAUCACCAGCUUUACCUCACAGGUUUUUGGCAAUCUGUGACAUAUCCGCUGAUACUGGAGGCUCUAUAGAGUUCAUGAACGAGUGCACCACAAUUGAUAAGCCUUUCUGCAUGUACGAUGCUGAUCAACACAUUGAUCAUGACAGGAAUCAGCAGUUAGUUUGUUGUGGGGUCUGGAAUCAUGAGCGCGUGGAGGGAAAUGGAAUCCUCAUGUGCUCUAUUGACAACCUUCCUGCUCAGCUUCCCAUUGAAGCCACAGAAUACUUUGGAGACAGACUCUUUCCUUAUAUUUGGGAGAUGCUGCCUUCAGAUGCUUCAAGACCUCUGGAAGAAGAGGAUUUCAGCCCUCAAGUUAGAGAUGCAGUCAUUACCUCUAAUGGAACUCUUACCCCAAAGUUUGAGUACAUCGAAAAACUUCGAGAAAGAAGGGAGAAGUCUCAGAUCAUGAAGAAGACUGGAAUGAAGCGGGUUCUGCUGCUGGGUUCAGGAUAUGUUUCAGGUCCAGUUGUUGAAUAUUUGACCCGUGAUGAAACAACACAAGUCACUGUUGCAUCUGUACUGCUGAAGCAGGCAGAAGAGCUGUCUACCAAAUACCCCAACACCAUCCCUGUGAUGCUAGAUGCCAGCAGCAAUGAGAGACAUCUUGAGUCCUUGGUCAAAGAUCACGACCUUGUCAUCAGCCUGCUACCUUACUCAUUCCAUCCGCUCAUCGCCAAACAGUGCAUCAAGAGCAAAGUGAACAUGGUCACAGCUAGCUACCUAAGUCCAGCCAUGAAAGAGCUGCAGAGCAGUGCGGAGGAAGCUGGUAUUGUUAUCGUGAAUGAGAUGGGAUUGGACCCAGGCAUAGAUCACAUGUUGGCCAUGGAGUGCAUAGACCAGGCGAAAGCUGACGGCUGCACAAUUGAGUCCUACAGCUCAUUCUGUGGUGGACUUCCUGCUCCGGAGCAUUCUGACAACCCUCUCCGCUAUAAAUUCAGCUGGAGUCCAUAUGGUGUUCUUCUCAACACCAUUAGUCCCGCUAUAUUCCUCAAAGAUAACCAGGUGGUGAGUAUCCCCUCUGGUGGCUCUCUAAUGGAUUCCUCAUCCCUGAUGGAUUUCCUCCCCGGUUUUAAUCUGGAGGGAUUUCCAAACCGGGACAGCACAAAGUAUGCUGUGCCAUAUGGCAUCCAGACAGCACAUACGCUGAUCAGAGGAACUCUGCGAUUCAAGGGCUUUUCACAGGCCAUGAGUGGCUUUCUGAAACUGGGUCUGAUCAACACAGAGCCUUGUCCAUUUCUACAAAGUGCUUCUUCUCCUAUUUCAUGGAAAGAUCUCCUUUGUCGUCAGCUGGGACUUUCCCCUUCUAUCCCUCAAGAAGCCUUUGAAGAGGCAGUAUUUAGUCACAUUGGCCAGGACCACUUCAAAAUGGAAACCUUAAGAUGGUUUGGGAUGCUUGGAGAUGACUCAGUUCCUUAUGCUGAGAGUAUUCUGGCUGCUGUUGCAAAACAUCUGGAAGCCAAACUUUCUUAUGACAAAGCUGAGCGGGACAUGGUAGUCAUGAGAAAUGAUGUGGGGAUUAGACACUCAACUGGUGAGCUGGAAACCAGACACAUCAGUCUGGUGGUUUACGGUGACCCAAACGGUUUCUCCGCUAUGGCCAAGACUGUAGGGUACCCAGCAGCCAUUGCUUCUCGUAUGGUCCUUGACGGAGAAAUCACCACUAGAGGCUUGGUGGUCCCAUUGACCAAAGAGAUCUAUAAGCCAGCCCUGGCCCGACUGAGGGAAGAAGGGCUGCACAUCAUUGCAAAGUCCACCUUGCAGGAAUAAAAUAAAAUGUCUAUUGUCUGUUUGAAAUUAUGUUAUGAUUUUAUUUCACUUCUGACUUGCACACAAGGACCCUGCACUUAUAUCUGAGACUGCACAUGAGCUGUCCCUUAGAUGUAUCCAUUCCUGAUCUUAGCCAUCUUCAUCACUCAGAACCUCAACAUCUUCAUCUCUACUACCUACAGCUCUGCAUCAGAGCCACCGUCUGUAAACCAACACCACAGCUGCUGUCACUGUCUUGUAUUACUCAACAUGUUUUCAUCAUUAAGGAGGGGUUUUCAGUGAAAAUAAACUGCAGAAUGUAGAAACUAGGUUAAAAACAAGGCAUUCCCUCGCUCUGAAAUUCCUUAAACAGAAUACUGUUAAUUUGUUUUGCUUGAAUAGACAUCUCACCAACUUGAACAAAUGGUCUGAAACCAUUUCUUGUUUUUGAAAGAAUGUUGGCAGUCAGUACAGAACUGUAGUAAAAGCUGUUCUCACUGGAAAAAUAAAAGCAGUUAUUGUAA